AAACGCCCUAAAGGGAGGGAACACUGACAGUCAUUAUGUAACCUCCCUAAACAGACAGCUGUGUUCUUCUUUUUCUGGACUGAGGGGGUGUACGUGUCCCCGCACAUUGGCCUCAUUUACGUAUGUCGAGGACUUUUCCUCUGGCAAGUCAGAGCUUCACUGUUUACUUCACUGACAAGUGUUGGAUUAUUGGCUCUCCAGAAUAAAGUUGUUAAUUAUUCACUAUAAUCAGAUUUCUACUGUACGGAGACAAUCAUUUUGGGACCCAGGAUGCCUUUCUCCUUUCACUAUGGACUGUCUCUCAUGUGUUUAAUCAUCCUGCUUACACAAGUGUGUCCUCAUUGUGACUUGCCUGGGCCCAGGAGUCCAGCAGGACCUAUCCCUAGCUGCUGUAUGACAGCCAACAAUGCCACCAUUAAUGAACCUGUCAACGCCUGCUUUGUACAUUAUGAACACACGUUUCCUCAUUGUAAAAUACAUGCAUACAUCCUUCGUACUAAGAAUGAUGACCGGUGUGUGGACCCAACAGCCUGGUGGCUCCAACAAAGACUCAAGAAGUUAGAGGCGAGAGGAAUAUGUUGCAAAAUCCUCUGAAUGGUCUUUGGCAGCCACAAGGAAGAUAAAGCAUCAUGAGCUCCUAUGCAGAAAUCUACAACAUAUUUUCUUUCUUUUCUUUUUUUUUUAAUAAUUCAAAUUAAAUGAUCAAGUCGCUCUUUUACUAAAUACAUGUGCAGUUGUUAACAUUGUCUUUGUAGGAAUCUGUAUUGUCUUCAUAACCAGGUAUCUGAUUUGCUUUUUACAUGAGUACAUGACAAAGACUUAAGACUGGGAAAAUGUCUAUGUGCCAUGACCCAACCCAUCUAUGUGUGUCUCAGUGGCUGAUAUUUGUGUGGAUGUAUAUGAUUGGUUGCCUUCUAUAUUUUCAGUUCUUUUUCUGCUCCAUACCUACCCUAUUUAAAUGGUCUUUGGUGUUUGGUGUUUUUAUGAUCAAUCUGAUGAAGGCCUUAAGCCAAAACGUGUUGGUCUAACAAUAAAGUUGUUCUGCAUA